AUGUCUGAUUGGUCUGAUGAAACAACACUAUUAUUUUUAGAGUCUUAUCAAAAUGAACAAUGUAUAUGGAAUCCAAAAGACGUUAACCAUAAAAACAGAAAGAAGGUGAACGAUGCGUGGACGCGCCUUUGUGUUAUUAUGAAUAAAAGUGUAAAUGAACUAAAAUCUAAAAAGGAAAUACUUAUGGCUACGUUCAGAAGACACCUAAACAAAAAAAAGGACAGUAUUCGAUCUGGUGCAGGAGCUAAUGAUACAUAUAAACCUAUCUGGUUUGCAUAUGACCUUAUGGAGUCAUUUUUAGUCCCGGUGUAUAACAGCACACAAAAUAUAAAUACAGAGUGGGGAUCAUCAUCACAAGAAAUACCAAAUGAAACUGUAGAGACAGAAAUAGAAGAAGGAGAAGAAAACACUUUAGCACAGCCAUUAACUUCUUCCCAUACGCCAAAACCUGGAACUUCCCGUCGUCGCCCCGCAACCGAUUUAGCGGAGCGGCAGAUGUCAUCAGCCUUUGGGCAGUUAACAAAUAUUUUGACAAAAAGGCAGAACGAACAUACACCACAACCAAAGGAAGACGACGAUUGCGACCUAUUUUCCAAAUUGUUAGCAAAAAAAUUGAGAGAACUUCCUCCUGAUGAUAGGAAACUUUUUAUGUACGAUAUAGACACCUUAUUUAUUAAUAGGAUUAAGGAGAGGCUAAUUAGGCGUCAAACCCCAUCACCCCAUUACUCAGUUCCAUACUCGUCAUAUUCCGUAGUGUUGCCAAAUGCAUCACCAAUUUCAAACCAUCCUUCAACCUCCCAAACCUCAUAUUCCAUACUGUUACCAAAUGCAUCACCGAUUGCAAACCGUCCUUCAACCUCACAAACGUCAUAUUCCGAACCUUUGCCAAAUACAUCACCGAUUCUAAACCGUCCUUCAACAUCCCAAACGUCAUAUUCCGAACCUUUGCCAAAUACAUCACCGAUUCUAAACCGUCCUUCAACAUCCCAAACGUCAUAUUCCGAACCUUUGCCAAAUACAUCACCAAUUUCAAACCUUCCUUCAACCUCCCAAACGUCAUAUUCUACUUCCACUUCUCAAAACAACAUUCAAACCUUUUAUAUAACCCAACCGGACCCCUCAAAUUUUAGAACUCAUAUUACAUCAGAAGAAGUAGUAGUACCACCAAAAGGACAAAACAUUAUUAGUGAAGCAUUACUGAAGGCCUAUGAAAAUUUUGAUUCAUAUGAAAAAUGA